AACCACAACCGCAGCUGUAGCUGCAACCUAACCCCCCCCCCCAAAAUGGGCAAAAAAGACUCCAAAAAGAAAUCCGCCGACAAAAAAGCCCGCGUGGCGGAUAAAACGGCUCGAAAAACGUCAAAGAAGGAGAAAAAGUCAAGCAACAAGAAGGCCGCCGACGCGGACGAUGACGACGUAGAUCUCGAUUCCGUGCUAGAGGAGUAUGCCCGUCAGGUGAACCGACCCCGCUGCGCAGGGAAGAGGGAAGGUGUUAAUGGAGCAUAGCAAGCCCUUUUCCUGAAAGUCACCGAAACUACACUCACUGAACCGCCGCCCGUGCGCGCGAACGCGACCCUCGCGGCGGCCCCUAACGGUAAGGAAUUGCUGCUCUUCGGCGGCGAGACGUUUAAUGGUGCUGUUGCGAAAUUUUUCAACGAAUUAUUUGCGUAUAACCCUGCGCACGAUGAAUGGCGACAGAUCACUUCGCCGAAUUCGCCCCUUCCACGGUCUGGACACUGUGUGACGACGUCGCAGUAUGGUGGUGGGAAUACGGGGAGUAUGUGGUUGUUUGGUGGGGAAUUUUCCAGUCCGAAGCAGGGGACUUUCUACCACUACAAUGACUUUUGGAGGUUCGAUCUUGGGUCACGGGAGUGGUCACGUGUGGAGGGUAAGGGUAGUGGAAAAGGCGGUAGUGGAGGGGGAGGACCCCCGGCCAGGAGUGGACACAGAAUAGUUGCUUGGAAGAAUUAUAUCUUGGUAAUGGGGGGAUUUCAAGAUACUAGUUCUGCGACAAAGUACCUGAGUGAUCUGUGGGCCUUCGAUACGAACUUGUAUACCUGGACUGCCAUCUCGCUGCCUGCGCACGCGCAGCGGCCUGAGGCGAGGAGUUCGUUUUCGCUCUUACCGCAUGAGCAGGGGGCUGCGUUGUUUGGGGGUUACUCCCGCGUCAAGUCUUCAUCAAUACCCUCUGCGGGGAACAGGAAGGGUGGCGGGAGCAAGGCUUCUAGUGGAUCGGUAGCUUGGAAGCCAGUGAUUCAUCAGGACACUUGGUUUCUAAGGAUGGAUCAGGACUUGACCAGGGUUCGGUGGGAACGGAGGAAGAAGCCUGGGAACCCACCAAAUCCCCCGAGGGUCGGGGUCACAAUGGCUUGGCAUAAGGGCAGAGGGAUACUGUUUGGUGGAGUGAAGGAUGAGGAGGAUAGUGAUGAAGGGUUGGAAAGUACUUUUUUUAACGAUUUGUUCGCAUGGGGAAUAGACAGAAAUCGCUUCUUCCCAUUAGUUCUCAGAAAGCCAAGGGUCCAGAAGAAAGCCGGGAAUGAACGGGGAGGUGGAAGAAGAGACAGAGCAAGAGAAGCCGAAGAGGAUUUAUUAAGAAAUCUGAAAGCACUGGAGGUAGUAGGAAAAGACGACAACGAGGAAGAAGAGGAAGAGAAAAAGGAAGAAAAGAGACUCGUCGUCAUCAAGGAGCAAGUAAUGAGUCUCGAACUCCCCCACGAAAGGUUCAACGCUGCUCUUGCUGUCCUCGACGACGUCCUAUACAUCUACGGCGGCACCUGGGAAAAGGGGGAUCGAGAAUUCACAUUCGAUGAGAUGUUUGCCAUAGAUCUAGGAAAACUCGACGGCGUAAGGUCCGUAUUUUCCCGCGAGGAUGAAACAAUUUGGGAAGAAAGCGAGGAUGACGAAGACGAGGGAGACGAAGAUGAAGAAGAGGAGGACGAAGAAGAAAUGGACAUCGAUGAAAAUGAAGAGCCCGAGAAAAUGCAAAUCGAUGAAGCCGAGAUUGAGCUCCGGCGGAAGGAAAAAGCCCUGGUCAGUAUCCUCCCGGCCUCCAUUUUACCCUACUAACACGAUCCCAAAUAGCGUAAAAAGGGUAAAUCUAGAGACCUCGAGCAAGCCCAUGAAACCCCAGACGUCCAAGAGCCAGAGCCCACAGAGGAAGCGGCGGAGGAAGCCUCAUUAGACAGAACCCCACACCCCCGCCCAUUCGAAUCCCUUCGGGCAUUCUUCACAAGGACUUCGGCCGCCUGGCUCGAGAUUCUCAUCGCAGAGCAGGAGACUGGGGCUCACAAGAACAAGACUGUCAAGGAGCUCCGGAAGGAAGGCUUCGCUGCUGCAGAAGAGAAAUGGUGGGCUUGUAGGGAAGAGAUCAGAGCCUUGGAGGACGAACAGGAGGAAGCGGGUAUUGGCGAGGUUGUCAGUUUGGCGGAUGCUGGUGGCGGGGGAGGCGGUGGCGGAGGCGGUGCGGGCAGAAGGAGGUAAAGUAGUUACUGAUUUGUACAUAGCCAGUUGGUGGGUAUUUAGAGCCAUAUUCUGUAUUGUUUGGAAUGUGUGAACGGAUAAUUUUUGCCCCAAAAGUUGUGCUCUUUUAGACCGAAACCUGACUUGGCGUAAUAGAACUCUGCUCGUCGUGCUGUCCCUAUUGGAAUAGCGCAACCAAGAAUGCACUAUGAGAUAGUGAUGGCUAUCGGAGCAGAGGGUUCUCUCAGACAGGAUACAUUGAUUAAUACAAGUACACUAAAACUUCUACAAAGAAGAUUCU